AUGCUUUCGCCUCCCACGCGCACUUAUUUCGUCAGAAGGUCCUGUGAUGAUGAGGAGUCAAAUGAAAUGCUUGAUAGGCGAGACGAUACCAGUACAGAUGAAACGACAAGUAUGGAAAAGACAGAAAAAGUGAAAACGGAUGGAACCCCAUAUUAUCCACUUUUCUCCUUAAAAUCAACUCGACUGCGAAUUUCUCUUAUGUUAGCUACGGGUCUUUUCGUUACUGUAUCAAUGAGAUUAGACUUGAGUAUGGCUAUCGUAUGCAUGGUUAAUUCUACUGCUUUUGCGAGUCAUCAUGCAGAAAACGAAUCUAUUCUUAACAUCACUACCAAAUCAUCGAAAUGUCGGCCAUUGAAUUACGAUUACGAUAGCGCAAUACAAGCUGGAUAUACGGGUCAUUUGUUAUGGAGUCCAGCUAUGCAGUCCCUUUUGUUAUCUGCCACUUUUUAUGGUGGUCUGGCAACAAUUUCGUUUGCUGGUGUUCUAGCAGACAGAUAUGGUCCAAAAAACAUACUUAUUGUUGUUAUACUUGACUACAUAGUUGUCACUCUGCUCACGCCUCUUCUUUCUCAAUGGUCUUUUUAUGUUUACUUCGUUUCCAGACUUGUCAUGGGGAUAGGAGAGAUAGCAGCUUCUCUUUCAUCACUAAUAUCAGCAUACCUGUGCACUCUUAGCUUCGGAUGGCCUUCGAUAUUCUACUUAUUUGGCGGAUUGGGUUGCGCAUAUCUCGUCGUGUUUUGCUUGUAUGUAACGAACUCACCGACUACUCACAAAUGCAUCUCGGAAGAUGAAAAAGCUUAUCUUGCUCAACAAAUUCAGCAUACUCACGCAAAGGUGCGCAUAAUUGUGUUUAAUGAAGAAAUAUAA